UAUUGUUUGCAAGAGAACUGUUUCGAUUCAUUCUUUCUUUUGUCAAUGUUACCACUCUUUCAGACGGAUGAAAGAUAUUGACUAUGUUGCGAUUUAUUAAUGCGUUAACUUUUUCCGUACUAAUAUUGGCGAAUUGUUUUGAAGUUCAUUUUGGAUAUGUUUAUUAUAAAGUAACCGACACUGAAAGGGGAUUUUGUGAAGGACCUGGAUUCGGUAGAAUACUAGUAGGAGCUACUGGAUAUGACGACAUUAAGUGCGAAGUCCUUGAUUGUAGAGAAGGAGUGCUGUCGGCUGCUGGAUGUGGCUCAGUGGCCGCUCCUCCCCCGUCUUCCAACUGCACGCUAGAACGUGGCGAAGGACAUUAUCCAGCUUGCUGCCGUCACAUAAAGUGUAACCGCUUUGAUAAUGCGUGAUUAUGGUGUUACUAAAUAUUUAAUCUAUAUGUUGUAAUUGCUAUUGACGUUUUGAAAAUGAAGAAAAAAUCCUGCUUUGUUAUCUUAACAUAAAUGAAUAAGUUAUAGUUUUGUAUAUUUGCUUCUAUAGAAUAAAUGACUUUAAAACAAUAUCAUAAGAAUUGUUAUAGUUAAGGUAUAAUACAAAGUGUGUGGAACAAGCUGUAUUACAUAUUUUCAACAAGUUACCGCCCUACAGUCAGGGCUAAGGCAGAAAUACAUGAAAUACAUCGCCA